AUGAAAAAACAAAAGAUAUCUAAUGAACAAUUCAACGUUUCAGUCACAUCUACGGAAACAGAAGAAGUUGCUUCUUCCGAAGCAUUGAAUCUACUUCCCACAAUUGAUCCAAAUGUUAGUGUAAAUGUUGAUUCAACAACCACGUACAAACAACCUGCAUUAAAACUCUCAUCAGAUAUUUGCUUAUUACCAUCAUCAUCAUCAUCAAGAACACAGUUAAUAACACCAUGUUUAUUGGCUAUUGAUACUCGUAUAUCAGCAGUUGAUUCACCAUCAUCAAAUAAUAUUUGUUCUUCAUCUUCCGAACCACCAUCACAAUCUGUUUCACCAGCCACAUGUUUUACAUCAUUAUCAGCAUCACCAGCUUUAACACCUGUUGAUACUCGUCGUUUAUCUGUUUCACCAACAUCAUUAUUAUUGCCUAUUGAUGUUAGCCAUACAUUAACUGAUCCACCAGCACAACCCAUAUUAUCAUCAUAUAAAACCAAUCACGAUAAUCGUUCUUUCCAGAAACAAUGGUUUAUUAAUAGACCUUGGCUUGAAUACUCAGUUAAAAAUGAUAAAAUUUAUUGCUUUUAUUGCAGACAUUUUGGUUCAACAAAUCCUUUAAUUAGUCGAACCCAGAGCGAUGCUUUCGCCAAGGGAUAUAAUAAUUGGAAAAAUGCACUUGAUAAAAAAAAAGGUUUACCACAACACGAGUCAAGCUUAGCACAUGUAACAGCAACAGCUAAUUAUAAUGAAUAUAUUUUACGUGAAAAAUCAAAAUUAAAUGUUGUUAAUGUUGCUGAUAAAGGACGAAUGGAGCAAAUUCGAAAAAAUCGUGAACGUUUGGUUAAAAUAGCAUCCACAAUUUUCUUAUGUGGGCGUCAGAUGAUACCGUUGAGAGGACAUUUCGAAUAUGAAGAAUCAAGUAAUAGGGGGAAUUUUGUGGAAAUUCUUAAAUGGUCUUAUUCUACCGAUUUAGUAGUUAAAUCUAUAUUCGAUGAUUCAGCAAGUAAUGCCACAUAUUUAUCUCCAUAUAUUCAAAACGAACUAUUGCAUUUAAUGGCUGAUCAAAUGAGAUAUUAUAUUUCAGAAAAACUAAAAAAUAAAUUUUUUGCAUUACUUGCUGACGAAAGUCGGGAUUGUGCACGUCAUGAACAAAUGUCUAUUGUUCUUCGUGUUCUUGAUAAUGAAAAAAUGAAGCUCGGAAAUUAUGGCAUUGAAGAAUAUUUUCUUGGUCUAAUACCAUUACAUUCAUUUGAUGCUGUAUCAUUAGCAAAUGCUAUUGUUGAUUUAUUAAAAAAGUAUAAUAUUGAUUUAACAUUAUGCAUAGCCAUGUGUUUUGAUGGUGCCAGCGUGAUGUCAGGUAAAAAUGCAGGUCUACAAACAAUUUUACGUGAACAGUUCAUGCCCAAGGCAAUAUACAUUCAUUGUCAUGUUCAUCGUUUAAACCUUGUGAUUGUUGAUGUAUGUCUAUCACUUUCUUAUGCCUGUGAAUUUUAUACAAUUAUCAAGAACAUUCACAAGUACUUUAAAGCUUCAGGUGUAACAAAUGAACGUUUUCGAGAUGCUCAAAAUCAAUUAAAAUUGACUUACACAAAUCUCAAACUAUGGGCGAAUAUACGUUGGGAUUCUCGAUGGACAUCACUUGAUGCUAUUUUAAAUAAUUAUCAAGCCAUUGUUUUGGCUCUCAAUGAUCUAAUCCAAGAAGGUGGCGCACGUGCAGUGGAUGCAAAAGGAUUAUUAUUGGUCGUACAAGAGCCACUGUUUGUAGUGACCUUAUUUGUUUUGCAUAAGUUACUAGGACCUAUAAAAAUUUUAUCUGAUAAACUAAAAGCUACUAAACAAUUUGCAAAACCACCAGCAGGACACGUCAUUUCCUUUCGUUUUCAUUUCUUAGCUGAAAAUCUUGAUUAUGGUACAGCACAAGAAUUAAUCGUGUCAAUACAAGAAGAAUUAUGCUUGUCACGAGAUGAAAAUAUAUUUGAACAAUUAUUCGGAAGAAUAACUGCUUUUUGUCAACAAAAUAAUAUUGAUCUUAAUGAGAAAUCAAGACCACAUCGAAAACAAACUGUCUCCACAAAACUCAAAAAUCCAGUUGUAGAAUCUACAAUUGGUCAACGUGAUUAUGAUCUUAAUAAAGAAUAUUGUAAGUCAAAUAUUUAUUUACAAUUAAUUAAUAACAUAUUAGAUGAAUUACAAAAACGAUUUUCAUCGAACAAUUUAAAGAUUUUAAUAAGUAUAUCAUCAUUAUCUCCAAAUAGUCCUACUUUUUUAAAUUUUGAUUCAUUAAAAUCAUUUGCUGAGCAUUUAGAUCUCGAUGUUCCUGCUUUAUUAAAUGAACUAAUUGGUGUUAAACCUAUGUUACAAUUACAAAAUAAACUAUUAGCCAAUAUAAUUGAUUUAUAUCAAGCUUUAUAUCCAUUUACAGAAGCCUUUCCAACACUUGUUACACUAAUAAAAAGUGCCAUAACUAUGCCAGUGUCAUCAACGACAUGUGAAAGAACAUUCUCAAAAAUGAAAAUGAUUAAAACAACAAUUAGAAACACAAUGACUGAUGAUCGCUUGAGUGAUAUUUGUUUAAUUGCUGUUGAACGUGAUAUUGAGCUCAAUUUUGAGCAACUUAUUGAUACAUUUGCAGAUGCUCAUAAAAAUAGUCGGAUUAUGUUGAAAUAA